GGAAAACGGCAAUUUCGCGGGUUAUGUGAUUCACAUCUGUUUUACUCUCCACAACCCCAGGUUUCAUUCUCCUCGUCAUCCUAAAAUUUACAGUUGAAGAAGAGUCGUUGUUCUUAAAAAUUCCUCCGUUUGUUCCGCCGAAAAACUGACAAAAGUGAUAAAUUCCAAGAUAUUUUUUGAGUCAAGUGUAACGGCCAUAUUGUUGAUGCAUCACGUGACAGAGAGGGAGCAGUGAGGUGAAUGCGCCGGGUGCCAAUUUGCACGCACACAUUUCGCUACGAGUCAAAAGAAGAAAAAUUCCUCUCACGCGUGUUUAAGUUCAAUUGAGGGAAAAAAAAUCCUCUGUAUAGGCUAUCGUUAUUUUUUAUAAUUUUAAUCCAUCAACCACUGAUUAUGGAUCCACGCAAAUUAACGGAACUGUUGAGAGCAACUAUUGACCCGGCACAGCAAAAACAAGCCGAGGAACAGCUUAAUCAGAUUCAUAAAAUUAUUGGCUUUGCCCCGAGUUUGCUGCAAGUUAUAAUGUCAAAUGAGGUUGACAUGCCUGUCAGACAAGCUGGUGUAAUAUACUUGAAAAAUUUGAUAACGACGAAUUGGGCUGAUCGUGAAGCUGAGAAUGGACCAGCUCCAUUUAGCAUUCACGAGCAGGAUCGUGCCAUGAUACGUGAUGCCAUUGUUGAUGCUGUUGUACAUGCACCAGAUCUCAUACGCGUUCAAUUGGCUGUUUGCAUCAGCAAUAUCGUUAAACACGAUUUUCCAGGACGUUGGACACAAAUUGUUGACAAAAUAACGAUUUAUUUGCAAAAUCCCGAUGCAUCCUGUUGGCCUGGUGUUCUUGUGGCGCUCUACCAGCUUGUUAAAAAUUAUGAGUACAAAAAAGCUGAAGAACGAGGUCCUUUGAACGAAGCAAUGAAUCUCCUGUUUCCCAUGAUAUACCAGUUGAUUCUGCGCCUCCUGCCGGAUCCAUCCGAACAAUCAGUCCUCCUUCAGAAGCAAAUACUCAAAAUCUUCUUCGCUUUGACACAGUAUUCCCUUCCUCUGGACUUGAUAUCAAAGGAGGUCUUUUCCCAAUGGAUGGACGUUGUUAGACAAGUUGCUGAUAGGCCAGUACCACCUGAAACCAAUGAUCCUGAUCUAGACGAGGAUGACCGGGCCGAAUUGCCCUGGUGGAAAUGUAAAAAAUGGGCCCUCCAUAUUCUUCACCGUAUGUUCGAGAGAUACGGCACCCCUGGAAGUGUAACCAAAGACUACAAAGAAUUUUCCGAAUGGUAUUUGCAGACAUUCAGUGGGGGAAUACUGGAAGUACUUUUGAAAAUAUUGGAUCAGUACAGGCGAAAAAUUUACGUAUCACCGAGGGUUAUUCAGCAAUCGUUGAAUUACAUAAAUCAAGGGAUUAGUCAUUCAUUCUCAUGGAAAUUUCUCAAGCCAAAUAUGUUUGAGAUUAUCAGAGAUGUGCUCUUUCCAAUUCUGUCUUACUCAUCGUUUGACGAGGAGCUGUGGAACACUGAUCCCUAUGAGUACAUCAGGGUGAAGUUUGAUAUUUUCGAGGAUUUUGUUUCACCAGUGUCAGCUGCCCAGACUCUCCUGCAAUCAGCCUGCAAAAAACGCAAGGAGAUGCUCCAGAAGACAAUGCAAUUCUGUGUGGAAGUCCUGACGAGCCCAAAUGCUGAUCCCAGACAAAAAGAUGGUGCUCUACACAUGGUUGGUAGUUUAGCUGAUAUUCUUCUCAAAAAGAAAGUAUACAAGGAGCAGAUGGAUAAAAUGCUUAUGCAAUAUGUAUUCCCGGAAUUCAAUAGUCCCCAUGGACACAUGAGAGCUCGUGCCUGUUGGGUUCUCCAUAAUUUUUCAGAAACAAAAUUCAAACAAGAACCCAUUCUCGUCGAAGCUAUUCGAUUAACCACAAAUGCCCUUCUUCAUGAUCAAGACCUUCCGGUUAAAGUUGAAGCAGCAAUUUGCCUGCAGACACUCUUGUCAUCACAAGAUAAAGCUAAGAAAUACAUUGAACCAUUGAUAAGACAGAUAACCCUGGAAUUACUCAAUAUAAUUCGUGAAACUGAGAAUGAUGAUUUGACGAAUGUGAUGCAAAAAAUUGUCUGCACUUACACCGAACAAUUGAUGCCAAUAGCCAUUGAAAUAUGCCAACAUUUGGCAACGACAUUUAGCCAGGUACUUGAGACAGACGAGGGAAGUGAUGAAAAAGCCAUAACUGCAAUGGGUCUUCUCAAUACAAUUGCAACAUUAUUAACAGUUAUGGAGGAUCAGCCACAGAUUAUGGCCCAGCUUCAGCCGACAGUACUUCAGGUAGUUGCUCAUAUAUUUGGACAGAGUAUCAUUGAAUUUUAUGAGGAGGCACUCUCUCUGGUUUACGAUCUCACUGGUAAAACGAUAUCCGAGGAUAUGUGGAAGGUACUGGAGUUGAUCUACCAGUUGUUCCAGAAGGAUGGUUUUGAUUACUUCACUGAUAUGAUGCCAGCACUUCACAAUUACAUCACAGUUGAUACACCAGCAUUUUUAUCCAAUGAAAAUCAUAUUCUAGCCAUGUUCAACAUGUGCAAAGCUAUAUUAACUGGUGAUGCUGGUGAGGAUCCAGAGUGUCAUGCAGCUAAACUUCUCGAAGUUAUUAUUCUUCAGUGCAAGGGCCACAUAGAUCAGUGCAUACCAUCCCUAGUGAGACUUGUUCUCGAACGUUUAACAAGAGAAGUCAAAACAUCAGAAUUGAGAACAAUGUGUCUUCAAGUUGUCAUAGCAGCUCUUUACUACAAUCCAACAUUGUGCCUCGAAGCCAUGGACGGGCUCCAGGGUACACUCGGGCAAUCUACAGAUCCAAUUGCUUCUCAUUUUAUUAAACAAUGGAUUCACGAUACGGACUGCUUCCUGGGACUUCAUGAUCGGAAACUCUGUGUUCUCGGAUUAUGUACUCUCAUCAGCAUGGGACCUGCUAGACCUCCAGUAGUCAAUGAAUGCGCUCAGGAGAUUAUUCCUUCAUUGAUUUUACUGUUUGAUGGCCUCAAACGUGCGUAUGCUGCCAAGGCUGCUGAUGGCGAGGAGGAACAGGAGGACGAGGAGGGGAGUGACUUCGAGGAGGAAGUUUUGUCGUCGGAUGAGGAUGAACUGGACGACGCUAGUCAGGAGUUUCUUGAAGACCUACAGGAAAAGGUGACAAGAUCUUCUACAUUAUAUGGAUUAAAUAUAACUGCUUCGUUGCAGAAUAAACAUGUGGAGUCUGAUGACGAGAACGAUGACGAUUCGGAUAUCGAGGCCAAUGAGGAGACCACUCUGGAGUGCUAUAUUACACCGUUGGACUUUGAUGAUAAUAAUCAGGAUGAGUACGUGGUUUUCAACGAAGUUAUGCAAAAUAUUGAAAGAACAGAUCAACAGUGGUAUACUGGAUUGACUAACCACCUGACGGCUGAUCAAAGGAAAGCCCUGCAGGAGGUGAUAUUACUUGCGGAGCAACGAAAAGCUGCCGUAGAAAGUAAAAGAAUCGAACAGAGUGGCGGAUAUGCCUUCCACUCGCAGACUGUGCCGACUUCAUUUAAUUUCGGUGGUACGCCCUUAGGUCGAUAAAAAUAAAUUUCUCUUAACAUUUAUAUUUCUAGAAUAUCUAUAAGUAAGUAAAGAAGAAAGAAAAUUAAUCACGGAACAUUCGAGUACACCGUAUCCUGGGCAAAUUCCGAAUUGAAAAAAAAAGGAAAAUUAAAGUUAAGAUAAAAAAUAAAUGAAAAUCACUUAUAUCGCACGAUUGUAAACAUGACCACUUCGAAGACAUUAAGGAUUUCCUAUUUGCUAUUUUUGUGUAAAGUAAAAAAUCUUGUACAUUAACUCAAUGCACUCAUUGCAUAAUCACGUCGUGAUAAAGCCUAUGUCAAAAGAAAAUUUAACAAAUUACGAAUAGGACUAAUUCAGCGGAUUGAACUGCAAGGCAAUAAAUUGAGUCUGAGCUGGUUGAUCUUGUACAUUGUAAAACCGAUGAAUAUAACGAUAACGCUUUUGUCAAAAUACAAACACCAUUGAAUGUGGUAUGUAUUAAUUUUACAUAAAUGCUUUGGAUACUAAUUUAUUUCCACAAUUAAUCCCUUUAGUUUAUCUUCUCAAUUUCUAUGGGAUAUUUUUUUAAAAUGAUUUUUUAGUAGUUAUUGUAUCAAAUGCUGACUGUUGAAUCAGGUUCAAUAUCCGAUAAAGCAAAAAAUUGGCGUUAUCAUUUAGCAAAUUUUAGUUCACUUUCUUUGACGUCAUUUUAUUUUCAAAUUGAACAACCUUCCGAGAAAAUUGAAUUAAUGUACUAUUUGUUAAAGAAAAAGACUAUGUUAAAUCGUUGGUUUUAAAUAUAUCAAAAACUACUUUUAAUACAUGUAGAUUUGAUUUUAAAUCGUAAUUCACACGUUUCACUUGUUUAGUUUUUUCUGCACUCGUAUGGGGGAAGUCAAUUCCGCAGAACUUCCAUUGAGAAUAAAAGAUAAAACCGUUAAGUGAAAAAUUACUUGAAUGAUAAAUUGACACGUUGUAAAUGAGAAGAGGGCAAUUGUCGCAGAAUUAUCGUUUCAUUUAUUUUCAUAAUUGAAUAUAUCUUUACAUAGCUGCGUGAAAAUCUGAGUCGCAACAAUUCAUUUCAUCUUUUUAAUUUACAUCUUUUCUUUGCAAAAAAUAAUCGGGAAAAUAAUGAGUGCGGAAACUAUUAAAAGUUCUUUAUCAACUCCUGACUCUUUGAGGCGGUCAUAUUACCCUCCAGAGUGUCCAUAUCUUUCCAACUUAUUACUAUGCAAAACUAUAACCAUUUCUUGAUUACUGAAACGUAAAAAAAAUCAACAAUCUAAAAAGGCGACAAUUUGACCAAUAAUUUCUUCUUCAUUUAUCUACGUUUAAUAUCAGUUCAGAAAAAAUGAAAUCAUGAAAGCUAACAGGAAAAAAUAGUUAAAAAUAUUUAUAGCAUCAACCGACCAACGAGAUCGUUAUGUUCUGUCGAUAUUUAAUAAAUAAAAUCCGCCGUUAUAUUUUUCUCAGAACUACCGCACAUUUUUUUCAUUCACAUUUUUAUUUCCAUCGUCUUUAUCUUCUCAAAUGUUAGAAGUUUUUUUACUCAAUUUAAUUAUUCAGCAAUAGACUUUAUUUUACAUAAAUCUCCACAUCGUCGCUUUCAUAUUGAAAUUAAAUCACGUUAGAAUGCUCCUUGAGAAGAUAUAUUAUGCAAUUGUACACCUAAACAGCCCGAGUAAUUACAAAAGUUGGCGCUUUGCAUGUGUGCGGAGGUUUUUAAUAAAAAAAAAAUUGAUCAAUAUGAAAUUUCCAAAUAGUCUUUACUGUUGUAUCUUUGGAAAGAGUAAUGGAGGGAAUCAUAUCCCGUGGCUAUUUUACGUUAUUUAUGGCAGCCAAAUAUGGAAAGGCUGAGCAGAGAUUUCGUUUUAAACCAAAAUAAAAAUCAUGAGAGAUUGGAUAUAUGAUACCGGCAAUAGCGCCAAUUUACUGUUUCUGUUACUGCAUCGGGAAAUUGAAUUCUUCUCUAGGUGACGACGAUUCGUGAGAGAUUACAUUGAGAAUCAUGAGUGUAGAAAAAAAUGUAUCACUUGAGACAUCGCUCAAAGUAGAAAGAUCCCACGUAACCCCCUCUCAUCGCUUUUGUUACAUUCUGUUCGAAGCCUCUUCUAUUGCUUUGUAAUACCUCAGCAGCUUCUUUAUUCAGUGGAUCUUCCGGAUUGGGUUCC